AUGGGCAUGAUCAGCACCCCAACGCUUGAGAUGGAGCUGACGCAGUGGGAGAAGGAGAGGGAGUCAUCCAUUGUGGAACCAAAGGCCCCUGCUAGACUUGUCAAGUCGCGAAGACUGUCUCCGAAGAAUGCAGCCUCCAAGGGGGGAAGCAGCUCCCGUCAGUGGUUCUCGCAUUCGUUCGACGAAGGUCGCAAGUAUGGCGUGAAGAGCGAGGAAGGGAGGCAGUCCCCGAGCACCCUGUCAAGUUUGAUGCAGCCGGUGCUGUGGAAGGCGAGCUGGAGGCAAUUCACUCUGUUCCGAUCAAUGUCGACCUACAAUGUGUGCGCGUGUAUAGAAGUGAUGAAAGUGAAGUCCUUCCAAGAGGGAGAAAAGAUCAUCAAGAAGGGGACGAUAGGAACAACGAUGUACUUCCUCGACUCUGGCAAAGCAGCAGCCAUGAACGAUGAUACUAUACUGGAGGAGUUGGAGACAGGAUCGUGCUUUGGGGAGAUGACAUUUCUAGCGACGUGCAGGAGGAUAGUGAAAGACAGGGUGUCACGUCUUCAUGAUGCUUCGGAAGUUCAGAGAUCUUGCGAUGUCGUGGCCAUGGAGACCUGUAGAUGCUUCGAGCUCAGUGUCAGCAACUUCCUUGCUGUUGUUGGACACCGGGAAGCACAUCGGCUCUUGGCGAACUUGGAGCCUGUGGUGGUCGUGAGGAAGGCGAGAAUCAGGAAGAGCCUCAGCCCUAUGAAGCAGUGCCCGCAGUAUCCGGCAAUCCAGUUGGAGAAGCUGCCCAAGUCGUCGUCAUGGUGCGAAGGGAUGGACGAAGGGCUUCCGACAGCGUCUGAGCUGCUCACGGGGAACAGGGAGUACCUUUCAUGGAACGAGGACUUCAUCCGACGGCUCUCCUCCUCCUCCACGAGCGAUGUCUACUUUGAGGGUCACCUUGAGCUUAAGGAUGAGAUGGAGGAGAAGGGCCUGGACGUCUUCUGCAGGGUCUCGAGUGGGAGGAUGAAGAUCUUUGCGGGCAGCGACUUCUCUCGGGAUAUCGGCAGCCUUGUCCUCGAGGACAUGGAGGUUAGCAUGCAGACAGAGAACCCUUGCCUCCUGCAGCUCAUGGCCGCGGAGGAUGAAUCCGUCGUCUCAGAGGCAGUACAGUUUGUCUGUUUGUCGCCCGAGGAGAGGGAUGCAUGGAUGUGCGCGCUGGUGAAAGGUGGAGCCCUGCUGUCGAGGAGAGGCCUCUCCCUCCGGAAGAUGUCAGUGGACACAACUCCCAAGGGAUCCUUGUACCUGGUCCAACAGUCAUGGCAGAAGAGCAUGAUGAGGAGAAUGCUGGAUGUUCCCAUGGAAGACCUGCUGAAGAAGGUUGACGUCAUUAAGGUCAGGAAGGAGCUCAGCUCGAUGGGGGAGCAGAAGAUCUCCAGGUUGGACUUCUGCCGGCUGUGCAGCAAGUACGGCUUCCGAGAGCAAGAGUCUAUGAGCCUCCUCGAAUCCUUCCAUCAGUCAGGCAUCGUCCUCAACUUCAGCAACACGUCCAACACUGCUCUACGAGAGACUGUGUUUAUCAAACCUCAGGACGUCAUUGACACCAUCUGGGCAACGUUCGACCUCACCGGUGCGAUGAAGACGCAGGAGAUAGAGAGGAGGGAGCAAGAGCUGCAGACUCUGAGCAAGGAGCUUGAGGCUCUGUCCACAGCCAAGACGCUCAUCGACGAGGCAGCGGAGCGGGAGGCGAACAGGAACAUCUGGAUAGGAGGGUGUAUCCCUUUGACUGCGUUCGGGUUGCUCUUCAGGAUGACGUACUGGGAGUACUCGUGGGACAUUGUUGAGCCGAUAUCGUUCUUCGUCUCCACCAUGGGGCCGAUCUGCUUCUUCUAUGUGUGGUAUGCAGCGAAGAAGGAGGAGUUCUCGCUCGAGGGCUGGAGGCAGCAGAUGAUCGAUAAGUCGAGGGUGAACUUGUACAGGAUCAAGUCGUUCGAUGUUGAUAGAUACAACUACAUCUUGAAGGCGAUAGAAGAGUGCAAGGAAGACAUCAGGCUCCUGAAGGAAGAGUGA